AUGGCCACAGCACAGUCAGCUCUCCUCAUUGGGAAAAUUACUCAUGCCCGCAAAGAGUGGGAGGCACUUUCGUCAUUACUGCAACUCAAGGAAUACGAAUCUGGCACGCGCGAAGACUUCAUCUCACGCUGCAAGAAAGGCGAGUAUGACGAUGUGGUCGUCAUUUAUCGAUCAAAUGAUUCGACAGUUGUGACCGGCCCUUUCGACAAGGAGCUCAUCGAAGCACUACCCAAGAGCUUGAAGUACAUCACACAUAAUGGUGCUGGCUACGACAACAUUGACGUGCCAGCGGCCACGGACCGGAACAUUGAAAUCAGCAGCACCCCCAUAGCAGUAGACGAGGCCACUGCUGACGUCGCGCUUUUCCUUCUCCUCGGAGCAUUACGACGAAUCACGAUACCUUUCACCAACGUUCGGAAGGACGAAUGGCGAGGCAGCAACUUCACGCUCGGUCACGACCCCAAAAACAAAGUGCUCGGCAUCCUGGGGAUGGGAGGCAUUGGAUCGGCAGUAGCGAAAAGAGCAAAGGCAUUUGGCAUGACAAUCCAAUACCACAAUCGGAAUCGUCUAUCCGAGGAGAAAGAGCAAGGAGCCAAAUACGUCUCGUUCGACGAGCUUCUCCAGACAUCCGACGUAUUGAGCUUGAACCUCGCCUUGAACCCUUCCACACGGCACAUCAUCGCCCAGGCCGAAUUCGAGAAAAUGAAGCACGGCAUCGUCAUUGUCAACACCGCUCGUGGCCCCAUCAUCGACGAAGCUGCUCUCGUGGACGCGCUCCAAGCCGGCAAAGUUUACGCGGCGGGUCUGGAUGUGUUUGAGGAUGAACCGGCGAUCCAUCCGGGUUUGCUCGAUGAUGAGAGGGUGGUGUUGCUUCCUCAUAUUGGAACUGCCACGUGGGAGACGCAGAAAGAGAUGGAAGUGUUGGUGUUGGAGAAUUUGAAAGCUGCGGUCGAGGGAAAAGGGUUGAUUACUCAAAUACCAGAGCAGAAGAAGAAGAAGUGA